AUGGGGAAGACAAGAGAUCUUUAUAAGGAAAUUAGAGAAAUUAAAGGCAAAUUCCAGGCAAAAAUUGAAAUGAUAAAAGAUAGAAACGGGAAAGAUCUGAGUGAAGCAGAGGAUGUUAAGGAAAGAUGGGCAGAAUAUGUAGAAGACCUAUACAAGAAAGAACUGCAUCAUGACAGGGCUCCUACUGCUGAUGUUAACGUUUAUUUAGAACUAGAGCCAGAUAUUUUGGAGAGCGAAAUCCAGUGGGCCCUUGAAAAUAUGGCUGAUAACAAAACUAGUGGACAUGAUGAAAUACCAGCAGAAUUGUUUAAAGUCACUGGAAAGGAUGCAAUCACUGGAAUGUCCGACUAUCACACGGUACGGCUUUCACCCAAGACUGGGUAA